AUGGGAGAAUUUAAAGAAGCGGAUUUUGAAGAGUUAAUUCAACAGUGUGUCUUGGGGAGUAGUUAUGUAGAGGAAUUGAUGCCUAUUUUGAAAAAAGCAUGUGAAUCGGGGGCUCAGAAUGAGUUAUUAGAGGUUUGGACGAUAUGGUCCUCUCAGAAGAAGCGACAAGUUGAAGAAACAUGUUCAGAAUACCAUCAAAUGUUUAUUGAGUCGAUUGAACGACUUUUGAAUGUCCGUCAAUCUAUAUUAGUAUUGUCGGAUCAAUUGCAUUAUUUAAACUGGGAUAUUCAGCAAAAUGUGUCUUUAUUAGCGUCUAAGAAACGUGCGUUAGUAGAAGCACGACAAAUGAGUCAAAAUAUGAAAGAAGCGUCAGAAAUGAUACAUACAUGUCUAAAAGUUCUUGGACUAGUUAAUAAGAUUUAUGAAUGGAUUGGAAAUAAGGAGUUUUAUAGGGCAUUAAGGUCAUUAGAUGAGUUGCAAACGCUUCAUUUAAAGGAUAUAUUGGGGUUUAGAUUUGCUAAAAAUAUAUGCGAUUCUAUUACAAGUAUAAAGCAAAGAAUACAGGAUGCAGUGAUGAGGGAUUUGAAAGAGUGGCUUUUGACUUUACGUAUAAGCUCUACUAAGGUGGGUCAACUUGCGUUUCAAAAGACUCUUGAAAGACAGAAAAUGUGGAAUCAACAUAUUAAAAUGAAUCCUCGUUUACAAUCAUGUGAAUUUAAUUCACCAGUAGAAUGGGUAUUAAGUGAAUGGGAAGAUUUUGAUGUGACAUCCAAUGAUCAAAUUCAAAUAGAUUUUACAUGUUUGUUUGAGUGUUUUCAUAUUUAUGAUGAGCUUGGACUUCAUGAUGAGUUUCGGGCAAGUUAUGAAAAUGAUCGCAGAAUGCAGAAAGAUCUUUUGAUUCCUUAUUCAAUGGUAAUUCAAAACAAAGAUCUAUCUGCUAUUCGUUUAUUGUUACAUGAUAUUGCUGGUUUUGUUAUUAUAGAGAAGAAGACGUUGGUUAAAAUAAACGCUUUGCGCUCUAAAGAAGAGAUUGAUUCUUUAUGGGAUUCUUUGUGUGAUAAAUUGAUUGAAAAUAUUUCAAAUAGUAUUAAGGAUGUUGAAGACCUUCAAUUAAUUCAAGAUAUAAAGUCUCUUAUCUUACUAUUUAUACAAACAAUUGAGACAUAUGAUUAUUCUAUGAAAAAGUUAUAUAAUUUUUCAUUAAGCUUGUUUGAAACAUAUUCAAGACUUUUAAAGGCACAAUUUAGUAAGGAUUUCGAACAAAUUGUUACUGAGGAUGAUUAUAUGCCUAUUGUUAUUAGUAAUAUGGAAGAUUAUCAGAAAAUAUUGGAUGUUAGUUGGUAUAACCCUGGCAAUUCUCCUAAUUCAAUCAUAUUUCCUGUUACUCUUCCAUUUUCUCAAGUAUAUCCCUUGUGUUGUGUAGAUAUUCGAAAUUUUGUAAAUAAAUACUAUAAAUUUGCUGAGGGAUAUUAUAAUCAUUGUCAUGAUAUUGAUGAUAUUUUAAAACAGAUUUUGGACGAGCUCUUAGUUGGAAAUGUUAAAAAGAAAUUAAUUGAACGAUUAAGUUUAAAUAAUUUAUCACAAUUAGUACAGAUCAUAAUCAAUCUUGAACAUUUUGAAAAAGCAUGUGAUGAAUUGGAUUCUUUAUUAUUAAAAAUACAAACUUCUGAUAAAGCAACUAAUUUAAAAUUAAGGGCUAAAUCAGAGUUUCGUAAUGCUAUUAAGGAUGCUGAAAAACGAAUAUUUGAAUUGGUUACCUCUAAAAUAGACGAUUUUUUGGAGAUUUCAGAUUAUGAUUGGCAAUCUACAACAAAACAAAAAGAACCAAGUUCUUAUUUACUUGAAAUGGUUUCUUACUUGACAACUGUAAUGAAUUCUACUUUACACAAUCUUCCUAGUUCAAUUAAAACGUUUUUAUAUUUUGGAACACUUGAUCAUUUUGCUUCAUCCAUGAUGCAAAUAUUAUUAAAUAAAAGUUCAAAAAAAAUUAAUCAAAAUUCUAUUUUAAAUUUUGAUUUGGAUUUACGAUAUUUAGAAAGAUUUGUUCAAGAUCUUAGUGAACCAAGUAUUUCUUAUGCUGAUACUUUUUUGGAAUUACGACAAAGUCUUAACUUCAUUUUAUCUCAAAAUCCUGAGGAAUAUCUUAAUAGUGAUAUACAACUUAAGAAAUAUAGUCGUAUAAAACCUCAAACUGCCAUUCUUCUUCUUGAAAAGAUUAUUUUAUCUGAAACAAAUAGAUCUUCUGAUGAAAAAAGACUUUCAAUUAUAAGAUCUUGCGAAAAUGUUAUCAAUUCUUUGGUUACUCAUCGUUCUUGA